AUGGCGAACAAAUCUGCACAGAUCCAGGACAAAGUGAGGCGGCUCCUCAGCAGACAGAACGGCAAACCCGUGCUCCGACCGACCCGACCACUCAGCCUGAAGGAUGCUGUGGCCAACCGCAAGCCUCACAAAGGAGAGGCGACCUGUAUCACAGAGAUGUCGCUGUUGAUGGCCUGUUGGAAGCAGAACAACUUUGUCGAGGAUUUAUGCUCCACAGAGGUGCAGAACUUCUACUCCUGCGUACACAGCGCCCAGGUUGCGAUGAAAAAUAAAACUGCUGCGGCUGGCCAGGACACAGGACGUCUACUUCCCAAACAAGCCACAACACUGCUCAAGAGGUUCCCCAAACUCAGCUCAGAGAUUUGA